AUGGAGGACAGCGCGGCCCCAGAGCCCAGACCCCUGCUGGAUCAAGGCACAUUCAUGGCUCACUUCGCAAAUGAAGGUCAAGGCCAUGGGCUGAAUGAGACCUACCUGUGCUACCAGGUGCAGCUGCUGGACGGGAGCUCCAAGCACCAGGGCUUCCUGCGCAACCAGCCUCGUUAUCCAGACUGGUCCCUCCGCCGCCAUGCAGAGCUGUGCUUCCUGGACCUGGUCCCUGCCUGGCAGCUGGACCCCGCCCAGCACUACAGGGUCACCUGGUUCAUCUCCUGGAGCCCGUGCUUCAAGUGCGCGCAGGCCGUGGCUGAGUUCCUGCGGCAGAACACUCACGUGAGCCUGCGCAUCUUCGCCGCCCGCAUCUACAACUACUACACAGAUUACAAAGCGGGGCUGCAAGACCUGCAGGGGGCCGGGGCGCAGAUAGCCAUCAUGACCCCUGCAGAGAUUCAAUUCUGCUGGAACACCUUUGUGGACAACCAGAGUAACCCAUUCCAGCCCAGCCUCGGGCUGGACACGCAAUGCCAGCUCCGGCAGAGGGAGCUGCAGAGCAUCCUCCUGCGGCACGGACACUCCCGCGCCCCGCCGCCCUCCUCCGGCGCGGAGACGGCGUCAGCGACCCGGAGCCGCGAGGACGGCGCCGCGCCCGGCCCCGCGCCCGCCCCGCGCAAGCCGAACUCCCGCCCCCGGGGCGAGGCCCCUUUAAGAGCCAGCACGCGCCCCCGCCCCGCGAGCGCGCCGUCUCCCUAG